CUCGGCUCGGGUUCCAGCCCCAGCUCCUGCCCGCUCGCCGGAGACCGCAGGCGGAUCGGAUAGGGACCCAUGAUGCUGAGCUGCAGCCGCUCCUGUGCUUGUAGCCAUGGCAGCAAUGCUGAGGAGAGCAAGUGGUAUGGAGUCCGCUCCUAUCUGCACCUCUUCUAUGAAGACUGUGCAGGUACUGCACUCAGCGACGACCCUGAAGGACCCCCGGUCCUGUGUCCCCGCCAGCCCUGGCCCUCGCUCUGCUGGAAGAUCAGCCUGUCCUCAGGGACUCUACUCAUGCUGCUGGGUAUAGCAGCCCUGACCACUGGCUAUGCGGUGCCCCCCAAGAUGGAGACGGUCAGCGAUGGCAGGUUUCCCACGCUGGAUGCGCGGGCAGCCGACUACAACCGGGCCUUGAGCACUUGCCGUCUGGCAGGCACGGCGCUCUGUGGGGCGGCUGGGAUCCUGCUAGCCGCCUGCCUCUUCUGGGCCAUGACGGGCUGGAUGAGCCAGGACACCAAGGCAGAGCCCUUGGACACCGAAGCCGACAGCCAUGUGGAAGUCUUCAGGGAUGAGCCCGAGCAGCUGUCCCCCAUCUUCCACGAUGCCAGCGGUCAGUCUUGGUUCUCCACACCCACCAGCCCCUUUGGGCCGUCUUCGGUCCAGACCAUCCAGCCCAAGCGGGACUCUUGAGCACAGAAGCUCAAGGAGGAGCCUGAAGCCUCCUCCCCAGCACUUCUCACCCCCCACCCCAACUUCUCCUUUCGCCGGACCCUUCUCUUCAAGUCCCCCCCACCAAGGCCCAACUCUGUAUCCACUCUGGAGCCCCAGUCCCAGCC